CCUAAAAAAUGUGAUUGGUCACUAAUCUAUAGAGUACGAUUGAAUACAAUGAUUCAUUCUACCAAAUACUGGUGAUUGUUCAGUGAGCCACGAGCGAUAAGAAAAGAGAAUAUUUACAAUGCACGGCCGAGUGAAGGUACGUACGACGGCGGAACAGGAGGAGAUAAGGAAGCGAGAAAGGGCGGCAAAAGUUGCCCAAUACAAGGCUGACAUCGCCGUGGUGUUCCAAAAGAGGAAAGACAAGAUAUGGGACGACGAGUUGUUGCUAGUCACCAGGCGUAUGCUGUUGUGCAACUCCGACAUUUAUACACUGUGGAACGUCCGUCGCGAAGUUUUCGAGAACAACAAAUGGAGCGAAGAGGAUUACAAGCAACUGCUUGAGAAUGAGAUGACCUUGACCGAGCAGUGUCUCAGGGAAAAUCCCAAGUCGUACAGCGUGUGGCAUCAAAGGUGUUGGGUGAUGGAACGGAUGCUCGAACCGGAUUGGAAAAAGGAAUUGUCCCUGUGCGCGAAAUGCCUAAACAUAGAUGAGAGAAAUUUUCACUGCUGGGAUUACAGAGAGUUUGUUGUGCAAAAAGCUGGAAUCUCUAACGAGGAGGAGUUCGAAUUCUCCACCACAAAGAUAUUGAGUAACUUUUCAAAUUAUUCGUCUUGGCACUAUAGAAGUCGUAUAUUAACCAAAAUGUUUGGCACUACGUCUGAUGAGAUACCGAUUGUGGACGAUAGAUACAGAGAAGAGCUCGACCUGGUUAUGAAUGCAACGUUUACCGAUCCCAAUGACACUAGCGCAUGGUUCUACCAAAGAUGGCUUUUAGAUAAGUGCAUGACAACAUGUAGGCUCUGGCGUGCUCAAAUUAAGAAAGACACGGCUAUUAUUGUCAUCGACAACAACAUACUGAUUGAACCAAUAUCGCUGCUAUUACUUGUAAAUGGCGAAACUGUCGAUGCGCGAUGGCAAUUAUAUCCAGAUGAAAAGUUCGCAAAGCUACGAAUUGCGGAGUUCGCCAGUUCGUUAGAAGAUUUAGAUCGUGCCAAAGAAGUUUCAGUAAAACUGCAGGAAACAGUAUAUCAGCUUUCGUAUUCGAAGCUAGCAGGCGAAUGGAUUUACAAAGAUAAUUUAAGCUUGCACAAACGAAAUAGUAACGAUGAGCAAUUAAAUGAACAGUUAAAGAGCUACAACCAACUUUCCGAGAUGGAACCAAAUAACAAGUGGACCUUAUUAACCGAAGUAUUACUGAUGAAAAAGAUCGAUUUCAAAAAAUUUUAUACUGACAUAUUAAAUAAUCUGUCGGCGCUAUCGAAAGUCGACGGUCUUCGCAAGAAUUAUUACAAGGAUUUGCGAAGCAAACUCUUAGUGGAGUAUAAACUGCUUGAAAUGUGGAAAGAAGAGAGCAAUUUAGAAAUACACUCAAAGAUCGACUUAUCGGGAUUAGACUUGACAAAAUUGCACAACAAUCAUUACUUCAGCUUCUUCGAGGAAGUGAAUCUUGGUGCAAACCAGUUAGACAAUUCCUUGUAUCAGCUUUCCACAUUACAACGAUGCGCGAAAUUGUCACUGUCCAGCAAUGACUUGACGUCAUUGAGACGUUUUCCUACUCUGUACAAUCUCGAAGUUCUCUCUUUGAGAAAUAACAAGCUGACGAGCACGAAGGAGAUAGUCAACUUAAUAGAACGGCACAAAAAUUUGAGAAGACUAGACUUACGAAAUAAUCCAGUGUGCGAAGAGAUCGACAUGGCCAAAAUUCAGAACGCAAAUUCUCACGUCGAAAUAUGUUUAAAAUAACAUCGGGGAAUACAUCUAAUAGGCAAUGUACUGAAACGUACUUAAUUGUAAUUUUUUAUGCGAUCUAUUGUCCGCUGUUCUUACCGUUUUUUAUCAUAAGAAUAUUAAAAAAAAAAUUCAGAUACAUUAAGCGAAUGAUUUUAUCACAGCAACUUAAUUGUAACAUCUCUCAGUCUAGCGUCAGAAGAGGCUCCCAUACAUCACUACGACAUUAUUCUUUCUUAUUCUGUUUUACACAUAUCUAUAAUAAACUCUAUAAAUACAAACAAA